AUGUCGGAAGUGAUUAGCCAAAGUUCGAGCUUUACGGACUCCAAGAAAGAUCUGGAGUGCCACACUGCAUCAGUUACAAAGGAAAUUGUGGAGAAAUGUCAGCAGGCCAUGUCGGAGGCCAAUACAGAGGAGGAGGAAGUGUUAAGUCUACAUAUGUACCCUCCCGAUUACAUAGAUGAAGAUUCAGAUGCAAGGAGUGUAACAGCCGAAAGUGAAAUGGAUAUAUCUUUCUACAAGGGAGAGGUAAUGUUGGACCGUAGAGGGGACACACCAAUCAGUGAUGUAUCAUCGAUGUCGGAGAGAAGUACGAUUUCUUCCAGGUUUUCAUCAAGAUUGUCAGAUUUCUUCCGAAGGGGAAAACAGAGCAAACUUAAUGCUCAAGGCAAGGUGUCGCUAGAUGGAGACUAUGGGAGAGGAUAUGGAAAUGGAGAUGACAUAUCAUCGAGCGGAUGUGACAGGUCGCCUACUCCCAUUAACAAAGACACAAAGAAAGCAACUCAUCAAAGCCAGGCAUCCGAGCUAAUUGGCAAUGUCUUCGAACGAGAAGAAAUGCCAGAUCUUGACAUAGAAGAUGAUGGUAGGCCCUCCUCCUCCUCAAGCAGUGAAGGUUCCGUUUGCCGUCCACAAUUCAACUGCCGUGUUGUAACCAGGCCUAAUGCCGCAAGAGGAUCCAGAAACCUUGUGCAAGCCGCACCAGAUCCGGCGGAGAUCGCUCACCGUAUCGUAAAGUUUGAGACAGACGUUGAACAACUUAUUGGUGAACAUGCUAUACCGACCAGGGAUUACCGAAACAGACAACUUCGACCACGGGGAGCACGUGGACCCCGUCUGCCGUCAUAUAGUCUCCAGUUCCAGAAACCGAUAGCAGGUGUGAGUUCCGAGACCGUGGCGGGAAGAGGAAUGAUGUACAGCAAACAUUUUGCCAACACCGUGAGUCGCCCCCAGCUGACUGUGCGAGGACUGUCGGCAACAGACGACUGUCUCACUCAGUGGAUGGUUAGUCAACAGAGGAGGGAUUCCGAACUGUUAUAGAGUGAAGUUGGAACAAAGGGACAUUGUAGAAAAGGCAACUGACGUCACCGGGAUGAAAGCGAUACGGGUUUAUCAGAACAACUUUCUGCAACGUGUUGUCAACGUGUUCAUCGAUACAUGAACCAUGAUUGUGACUGUUGAAUGGUGGUGGACAUCGAAGAUAAGUUCGGCGGUGAGAUACACAAACAAUACCUGUAUGGAUUCCGCCAUGAUGUACUAGAAAUUGGAAACUCUCUUCCAGAAAUACUCGUUUUUCGCGGAACUGUCGUUCAUAUUUUAAGGUAAACAGUUUACAUGCCCGUGCGCAAGUUUUCAUCAUUUCAGAACAACAUCGUAGAUAACAAACACAUGAUGGCUAACAUACCCAUGAUCUAUCUAACACAUAGUAGCAGUUAUAAUGUAGGUAAACAUAGUGCUGUUUAGAAGGACAGAUAAUUUAAUACUCAUUAAAAUAAUCUGCAAUCGUCCGCUGAUUUGGUUUGACCUUCAGCUACGGGAAAACAUGGAACCAGUCUUUGAUUGCCCCUGUUUUUCUUACGAGAACUAUGCUGGAUUUGGUGGAAUGUCGCUUGCUGAACAGGUUAGAGUAUUACCGGCGAGAGUUUACACGGACAAAGGUCGGCAACCCACUGGAAACACAUAACCUCAUCAAAUGCUCCUGUAUACAGUAGA